AUGGCGACUCAUAACGUGUCUCUCUUCCUACCACACACAGUCGCGUUCACUGACACGAGAUCUACUGCGGCGUCUUCGAGGCGCCAAAGUCCGCCUCCGAUCUCAAAACGCCAAGCUUCGACCACCGACCUGCCAACUCAUAGAAGUUUUGCGAGUCUCUUCAAUGGACCCGAUCCACCGGAGACCCCGAGCAUUGCGCUCAACGAGGAGUUCUUCUCGUCCAAAAAGGUAAGCACGCGAGCAAAAUCAGGUGAUCUGCACGGGCUGGUAUCGAGCGAGGCGCAAGUGGCAGAAUGGGGUAAGCAGGCUAUCUUCAACCAGCCGAAGUCGAGAGCAGGACCACUGCCGUCUUCCUCAGUGCUCGAUUUCGCAAAGGUCCAUCAGGAGGCAGAGAGGAAGCGUCUUCAGAAGGCGAAGCGAAGCAAGAGAUCUCCUCCGAGUAGAGGUUCAAGGGCCGUGAGUCGUGAUCGCACUCUAGAUGGCAAGUCAUGGGACGUGCAGCCUGCGGUGCAGGGCAAUGGCGGUCUGACCAACGCUGUUCGUGCCGCGGCCGAUGCUGGUGACAUCGAUACUAAUUUCAUUGGCACCGUUGGUUUUCCAACAGACUCGCUCUCAGAAGACUUCAAGGAAGAGAUCCACGACCGCCUCCUUUCGGACCACGAGUCCCAGGUUGUCUGGAUCAGUGACAAGGAUAUGGACGGCCAUUACACUCACUACUGCAAGACUAUCCUGUGGCCCAUCUUCCACUAUCAAGUCCCGGAUCAUCCCAAGAGCAAAGCUUACGCUGAUCACUCCUGGGAGUUCUACCGUAAUGUUAACCAGGCAUUUGCCGAAAAGGUUGUGGAGAGCUACAAGCGCGGUGAUACCAUCUGGAUCCACGACUAUCACCUCCUACUGGUUCCGGCCAUGGUCCGCCAGAAACUGCCCGAGGCUCAAAUUGGCUUCUUCCUGCACACCGCCUUCCCGUCGUCUGAGGUCUUUCGCUGUCUAUCAACUCGCAAGGCGCUGCUUGAGGGCAUGCUCGGUGCCAACCUCGUCGCCUUCCAGACAGAGGAGUAUGCUCAGCAUUUCCUGCAGACUUGCAGCCGCUUGUUGACGGUCGAGGCAACUGGCGAAGGUGUGCAGCUGGAGAAUCACUUUGUCAAUGUCACAUGCCAGCCGAUCGGUCUCAACCUUGAGGCUAUUGGAGAAGCCCGCAAGGACGAUGAGGUGGGUAAUUGGAUGAAGAUCAUUAAUGAGCUCUUUCCGAACAAGAAGAUCAUUGUCGCUCGAGACAAGCUCGACAAUGUCCGCGGAGUCCGACAGAAGUUGCUCGCAUAUGAGCUAUUCCUGAACAAGUACCCUGAGUGGCGUGAGAGAGUCGUGCUCAUCCAGGUCGUUGGCUCCACUAGCAAGGAGAGCGAGCUUAUGGCGACUGUCGGCGAUAUCUGCAGACGCAUCGACUCGAUUCAUUCAUCUCUGGCCAAUCGGCCUCUGGUAUUCCUGCAACAAGACAUGGAUCUUCCAAACUACUUGGCAAUGUUGACGGUCGCCGAUGCAUUCAUGAUCACCGCACUGCGCGAUGGCAUGAACCUUGCAGCACACGAAUAUAUUUGCUGCCAGGAUGGCACCUCGCCUUUCAAAGGCGGUAAGAAGUAUUCCCCCCUCAUUCUGAGCGAGUUUACGGGCAGCUCUGCGGUGCUGGGCGAUGGUCAGCUCAUGAUUAAUCCAUGGGACUACCAGCAACAAGCAAGAGCGAUCAGGCAGGCUCUUGAGAUGGGCGAUGGUGAGAAGUACGAACGCUGGAGUAAGAUGCACAAGAUCGUCACUACACAGACGGGCGGACGAUGGGCCCAUCAGCUCAAGGAUACCCUUGACAAGGUCUACGCUGAGCACCACGAGCGUGCUUCCACAUCUGUGCCGCGCAUGUCCAUCACCAAGGUCACCGACAAGUACAAAGCAGCCAGUCGUCGUGUCUUCAUCAUCGACUACGAGGGCACUUUAGCCCCUCAUCGCACGAGCACCGGCAUUCCUCUAUCCUCGCCACAGCGUGUGCUCGACGGUCUCGAAUCACUGAUGGCGGACUCGAAAAACAUCGUCUACGUAAUGUCUGGUCGUGGUCCAGAGGAGCUCGAAAGCACGUUCCGCACCCUCCCCUCGCUCGGUCUCAUUGCGGAGAAUGGCUGCUUUCUUCGCGAGUACGGCGCCCAGCAUAGCGAGUGGCAGGUCUUCGUUGAUCAAGACGAGACUGCCAAGUGGAAAGAUCAAGCUCGUGGUAUACUCGACUACUUCCAGACUCGCCUCGAAGGCAGCGACAUCGAGGAGCGGCACUGCAGUCUUUUCUUCCGCUAUGGGAAGACUGGCGACCAAGAGGCCGCCGUCCGCUUUGCGGGCGAGUGUGCAGAUCAGAUCAACACUUCUUGCCGCAGUAUGGGCAUUCAUGCUGUGCCCAUCUCAAAGGCUGUCCUGAUCGAGCAAGUCCACUUCAGCAAGCGCAGUGCCGCGACUCACAUCUUCGACAUCCUUCGUGCGAAGGCUACUGCGCGUGGCCACCCGGUGCCGGAGUUCCUGCUCGUGGCUGGUGACGAUCGUGAAGAUGAAAUCAUCUUUCAGUGGGCGAAUGAGCUGGGUGAGAAGGGCACGAUCAGAGAUGUCUUUACUGUUUCGGUCGGCCGGAGGAACACGGUGGCUGGUAGCACGAUUACGCAGGGCGCGACGGGGUUGUUGAACGCGCUGUUGAAGUUGGGCAAGUCUUCGAGUGAGGGUAUGGAGGGUGAUUAUGUCAAUCGUGGUACUGGAACGAUGUGA